AUCUCGCCUGUUGCUCUGUUUGGAGCAUACUAUUCUUCCGAUCCUUUACUAAAUGCUUCGUCUUAAUACGUUUAUUUUUUUACAAUCGUGCUGAUCCCAAAAAAAAUCGCUAUUUUUGCAACGGAAACGUGCUCCUCCUCCGAAUCCGAAAUGAGAAUAAAACCUCAUGUCAACACCAGUUUCCGUAGUCGUGAUCCGAAUUGCAUUUGCUAGACGCAAGUUUAGUUUUCUGUUCGAAGACUCAAAACCAACCCCACUCUCCUUCAAAAUGGCCAAUCCGAAGGUUUUCUUUGACAUGUCCAUCGGCGGCGCCAACGCCGGCCGCAUCGUCAUGGAGCUCCGCAAGGACGUCGUCCCGAAGACCGCCGAGAACUUUCGUGCUUUGUGCACGGGCGAGAAGGGUACAAUAGGUUUUUGAGUGUGUGGAAGGCAUGAUAUUAUUCGCAAUAAAGUGCAUUUGAAUCAUGUUGUUCGAAGGAGAAAGAGAUGCAUUGACAACUCUCGUCGAAGAUGCACCAAAGAUCGUGAAAAAGAACAAAAUAGAUCUUGGUUCAUCGAAUAAUAUCCGACACGAACAGGUAUGGGCAAGUCCGGCAAGCCGCUGCACUUCAAGGGCUCCGCUUUCCACCGCGUGAUCCCGGACUUCAUGUGCCAGGGUGGUGACUUCACCGCGGGCAACGGAACCGGUGGCGAGUCCAUCUACGGUGCCAAGUUCGCCGAUGAGAACUUCCAGUUGAAGCACACUGGACCGGGUACUGGUUUUUUUAUGAAUUUGUGUUGCGGAUUUUGACGAGGGAUGCAUUUUGUGUUGCAGAUUUUGCGUUUAGCAAAUUCUUUUGUGUCAUUAGGAAGAGGAACUAACGUAUCAAUGCGUGAUCUAAAAUCCCAAAUCGAAUAAAUCCGCAGGUAUCCUCUCCAUGGCCAACGCCGGCCCGAACACGAACGGAUCCCAUAUGGCGUUCUCAACUGUUACAUUCUCAACUGUUACAUGGAUUUGUGAUGCAAGAACAGCAAAAGUGAAAGGGGUCACCUUGCGCGUCUUGCGUGACAGAUCUGGCAAAGAUUCUCAGCCUGUUUGGCUCUUCGAGAAUUUGUCAUGCGAAGCAGCUCGAUCGUGUCAAUUCUGAUUGUGAUUUUGCAUGACAAAUCAUGUAAUAGCUCAGAAUGUAACAUUUGAGAACGCCAUAUCCCAGUUUUUCCUGUGCACCGUCAAGACCGCCUGGUUGGACGGAAAGCACUGCGUCUUCGGCUCCGUCGUGGAAGGUACUUAUUAUAUCAGGACUGUGUUGCUAUCGUUGUAAUUGUAUACGAACAAUUUAGGGCAGUGACUUCUGCUUUUGCGAAGUAGAGAUACAUCAUCACGGGAUUGUGAUAGUACUUAAAAAGUCGCCUUGCACGACCAGCCCUACCGCAAUUGAGGUCGUUUUUUGAUUUAACAAUUCGCAAUGCAAACACACUUUUCAGGUAUGGAUGUCGUGAAGAAGAUCGAGUCCGUCGGCUCCCAGUCCGGAAAGACCGCCAAGCCGGUUGUGGUCUCCGACUGCGGGCAGUUGUAAGCUGUUUGGCAUGCAUAGCUUCGCAUACCAGCGCAAGAUGAGCUUGUUACGGUGUAAUCAUAACAACGGUGUAGUACUAAUCAGGACUAGCUGCCGCCGCGCGCAGGUGGACAGAAAAAAUUACGCAAGAACAAUAUCUCUACGCGGUUUGUAUUACAUCCUCAAAAUCUUUUUUACUUUUUCAAAAGCGCUCGCCUAAAUGACGGCGCAAUCGAACAACGUCUCCUCUCGCAAGAGUAGGAGUUCCUUUCUACUUACUUCUUCGAGUGGCGCUCUUCAUCUGCCGGCACUGACGCUGGCUCUCGAUCAUCAGGGCUGUAGUAGUACCUCAACAUACUAGUUUACGGGUCGUGUGUUGUUUUUCUUGGAAAGCAAUCACACAGCCGCGGCUGUAUAAGAGGAUGUAGUGGUUGGUACCAGGCGCAGGCGUCUAACCUAGAGAUUUGCUGUCGAGCACUUUUCGUCACCAAUUCUACCGUACUGUUUACACUCUCAAUGAAAAAUGGUCUCGCAGUUAUGCCUGUGUAUGAAUCUAAGACUUGGGAAUGACGCUUGUAUACAAGGCGUUUGUAAUUUUCGCUUCUCCACAACCCGAAAGGAAAUGAACUGUACUGUAAGAAUUUUUCGCUCCCCUCGAAUAGUUGGCUACGAGUACGAUGUGCGUUUUUUUUCACGGUCGGGAGAAGAAAAGGAACGUUACAACACGUCGAUGUAAGAAGUUUCACCGUAACGCUUGGCGAUCCAUUUUUACGGCUGAAAAAGUAGAAGCAGUGCAGCAGUGUAGGCUACAGGUGAACAAAUUAAACGGGCUUGACAAUAAGUACACUGAAGAACUUGGAGCCACUUUCUGACCGAGAGUUCGCUUCUGGAAAGGAAGUCAGGUUCAAAAAACUGAAAGUGUGGUUUCACCCAAGAAAAGCGCAGCUCGGCAGCAUGAAGAGAAAAA